GAAAAAAAAUAUUACAAAAGAGUUCCUUUUUAUAGAAUCAACUUAGGUAAAAUAGAUGAAAAUUAAUUUUGCGUUCGUACAGUUGUCAAUAUUUCUACUGAUUCGCUGAAAUGUUCAUUUGCUUAAACUUCAUAUCAAUUCCCAACGAUAUCAGAUCGGCUUUUGUUAAAUACAGCAUCACCGCAGAUGCUAUAUAUUAUAUUCAUCUAUGUAUAUGACUGAUGAAUAUUUUUCUCACUUUAUUUUGGAUCAAGUUAUUUAGUGGAAAAUUAUGUGAAUUCAAGAAAAAAAAUGAAAACCAUUUUCCGUUGUCAAAAUGUACAAUCUAAUCGUAUAUCGAUAGUAAGCAAUUUCGUGGCAUAUUUUAUUGUGCAACAGCAACAACAGAAUAAUUCAUUCACAAGUGAUAAGAGCACAGUUGAGCGAAGCAACAGAAAAUUAGAAACCGUGACCAAAGAAAUGCAUAAUUCAUAGUAGAGCUUGGACGGUGUACAGUGUUGAUUGUGUUUAAUUGGGAAGAAUACGUCGAGAAGAUCGAGAACCCAAUGUUGCCAUUACAGCAAUUUAUUCGAAUCAAAAAUAUUGAUCAAUAUUUCACCAAGACCAUCAAAAAUCGUUCGUGCCGAAUUUUAAGGUUAUGGACCGAUCAUUGCGAAUAUAUAGUUGCUCAGAGAUUUCGUCGCGGUCAACAAAUGAUCUGUUUGUAUCGGCGCAUUUGGGAUGAGCAGACAUUGCGUGGAAUCGUUCAGCAGCUUCGAAAACAGCUCGAGCGUCAUGCCAAAGGACUUAUGCUUAGCGGCGUUGGGCUAGCGUCGGCAUUUGAUUGGGAUUCGGAGCGAAUAAACUAUGAGUCGGUUCGCAAAAAUUUCGAUGAAUUGGAACUGGUUGAACGAUUGCGACUCGAAACAAUACACUGUGAUACGUGCGGUCAUCGUUUGAUCAUCGACUGCCGAAUGGAUGGGAUUAUUUAUUGUACAUGCAAUGCAAGCAAUACAACUGCAUCAAAAUCAGCUAAACUGGCUACAAAAUCAUUUGGCAAACCACCGGAAACUUAUGAAAAACAAUGGUUUCCGUACAUGGAACGGCAAAAUAUGAUCAUUUGGAGACGUGAAGAGCAACCAGGUCUCUUCGCCUAUAAAGUUUAUGCCAGCUACGACGAUAUUUCGGCCGAGGAUUUUCUUCAUAUUCAAACAGAUACGGAAUAUCGAAAGGAAUGGGACAAAUCUGCCAUUACAUUAGAUGUCAUCGACACCGAUCCGGUACAUCGACACAAGAGUCAUAUCAUUCAUUGGGAAAUGCAAUGGCCGAAAUUGUUUGCAAAUCGAGAUUAUGUGUUCAAUCGACGGUUUUUCGUUGACCGCAAUCGAAAAUUAAUAAUAAUCGUUAACAAGAGUAUAGUGCAUCCCUUUAGUCCAAAAAAGCCAAAUAUUCAGCGUGUCAAUAACUACUGGAGCUGUAUGGUGAUUCGUUCGACAUCGAACUCACUGAAAACUCCUGGCAUUGAAUACGUACUCACCUAUUUUGAAAAUCCAGGCGUUGUUCUACCACAAUCAGUUACAUCGUGGGUGGCGCAAAAACAGCUUCCUGAAUUCUUACACAAAUUAUAUACUGCUACACUCGACUAUGCUCGCGAAAAACGGCAGCAAAAAGAGCAACAACAACAACACAAUCAAAAAUUGUGCAAAAGUGUGGACUACUUCUUUCGAGAUCCUGGCUACGAGUAUCCGCCCGAUCCAGAAAUAUGCUUUUCAAAAUAUAAACGAGAUGGUAAUGAUGAUGAUGUCGAAAACGGAGACGAUGACGACGACGAUUUCGACGAUAUUAAAAGUGAUAAUAAAAAUAGUAACAAGAUAAAUGGUCAAAAUGUGGAAAAGGGGGCAAAAUAUAACAUGAGCACCGAAAUCGAAACAAAAACUCGUUCGGAGAGUCAAGCAUGCGCUACAGAUGAUGUUACUGAAGAUUUGGGUGUCAAAUCGAUAUCAUGGUGGAGAUACUUGAUACCAUUUCAUUACUUUGUUUGAAUUGAAUUUAAAUUGUGUAUAAUUAAGCAUUGGAAAUUGAUUGUAUUAAAUACAAAUAGUAGUAGACAUUUUUAACAACGCAA